CUAAGAAGAAGAUAAUGUUUACCGAAAAGAAAAGUAAAUUUUUGUACGAUUAGAAAUCUAUUGGCUGUGUUUUUAUAAAUCGUUGAAAUGGCACGUAAUGCUGAGAAAGCAAUGACAACAUUGGCGCGUUGGCGCGCAGCUAAGGAAGCCGAAUCUGGAGAAAAAGAUAGACGACCUUACCUAGCUUCAGAAUGCACUAGUUUACCAAAGUGUGAAAAAUAUCGUCUGGAAAUCAUUCGCGAAAUAUCUAAGAAGGUAGCGCAAAUACAAAAUGCUGGUUUGGGCGAAUUUCGGAUACGAGAUUUAAAUGAUGAAAUAAAUAAGUUACUGCGUGAAAAGCGACAUUGGGAAAACCAAAUUUCUGCUUUAGGUGGUCCGCAUUACCGCCGUUAUGGGCCAAAGAUGUUUGACGCCGAAGGACGCGAAGUUCCAGGAAAUCGCGGUUAUAAAUAUUUCGGUGCUGCAAAAGAUCUACCAGGAGUGCGUGAACUUUUUGAACAAGAACCACCAGCACCACAACGUAAAACACGUGCUGAGUUGAUGAAAGAUAUAGAUGCGGAAUAUUAUGGUUAUCGGGAUGAUGACGACGGAACUUUAAUUCCAAUGGAAGAGCGCAUUGAACGUAUAGCGAUACAAAAAGCUCUACAAGAAUGGAAGGAAAAAAUGGCACGUGAUGGUCAUGUUGAUGAAGAAGAAGAAGAGGAAAUAUACGGUUCAAUAAAGACGGCUGCUGAUGACAACGACGAUGAUUCUGAUGCACGUAAAACAGUAUCAAAUACUGAAGUUGGUAAUGAUCCUUUGGAAAUGUUGGCACCGCGAUUCACGGCACAUGUUCCUGUUCCAACCCAAAAAGAUAUAGAGGAAGCAUUAUUGAAGAAACGAAAACAAGAACUGCUGGAAAAAUAUGUGGGCAGUGAAUAAAGUAUUUGUAUUUGUAAUUACGUCUUAUUACUUGAAAAGUAGUUAUAGGUGUAAUCUUAAUUAUUAUUAAUAAUUAAAUAUUAAAAUAUAUUUUA